GGGGCCAUGCAGCGCUGCGGGCGCUGGUGGGGGCGGCUAGCGGCCCGCGGGGCGCCGCGGCACCCGAGGCCGGCGGCGGCGGUAGCGGCGGUAGUGGCGGGAGGCCCUCCGCGGCAGCAGCGACGGUGGGGCAGCGGCGAGGCGGCGCGGUGCAUCGAGCAGCUGCUACCGCGGCACGAUGACUUCUGCCGGCGGCACAUCGGCCCGCGGGAGCGGGAGAAGCGGGAGAUGCUGCGCGCCGUCGGGGUGCAGAGCGUCGAGGAGCUGAUGGAUAAAACCAUCCCGGCCAGCAUCCGGCUGCGGAGACCGCUAAGGAUGGACGACCACGUCGGUGAAAAUGAAAUCCUUGAAACGUUAUACAAUAUAGCAAGCAAGAACAAGAUAUGGAGGUCCUAUAUAGGCAUGGGUUAUUACAACUGCUCAGUGCCACAGCCCAUUGCACGGAACCUUUUGGAGAAUGCAGGAUGGGUUACCCAGUAUACUCCUUACCAACCUGAGGUCUCCCAGGGCAGACUGGAGAGCCUGCUAAAUUACCAGACUAUGGUGUGUGAUAUCACAGGAAUGGAUGUGGCUAAUGCAUCUUUGCUGGAUGAGGGGACAGCUGCUGCAGAAGCUAUGCAAUUAUGUCACAGGCACAACAAAAGAAGGAAGUUCUAUAUAGAUGCCCGAUGCCACCCACAAACUAUAGCAGUGGUCCAAACUAGAGCAAAUUAUACAGGUGUUAUUACUGAGCUCAAAUUACCCCAUGAGAUGGAUUUCAGCGGAAAGGAUGUCAGUGGAGUAUUAUUUCAGUAUCCAGACACCGAGGGAAAGGUGGAAGACUUUUCUGAACUCGUUGAAAGAGCGCAUCAGAAUGGGACUCUUGCCUGCUGCGCUACUGACCUUCUGGCUCUCUGUAUUCUGAAGCCUCCUGGGGAGUUUGGAGUAGAUGUUGUCUUGGGCAGCUCCCAGAGAUUUGGCGUGCCACUCUGCUAUGGGGGACCCCAUGCAGCAUUCUUUGCAGUCAAGGAAAACCUAGUGAGAAUGAUGCCCGGCAGGAUGGUGGGCGUUACGAGAGAUGCAAAUGGAAAGGAAGUUUACCGACUGGCUUUACAAACCCGAGAGCAGCACAUCAGGAGGGAUAAAGCUACCAGCAACAUCUGCACAGCACAGGCUCUCCUGGCUAAUAUGGCAGCCAUGUAUGGUGUCUACCAUGGGUCUGAUGGAUUAAAGGAUAUUGCAAGACGGGUACACAAUGCUACAUUAAUCCUGGCUGAAGGUCUCAGGCGAGCUGGUCAUAAACUGCAUCAUGAUGUGUUCUUUGAUACCUUGACGGUCACAUGUGGAUGCUCGGUCAAAGAGGUUUUGGACAGGGCAGCUCUUAGGAAGAUCAAUUUUCGGAUUUACAGUGAUGGCAGACUUGGAGUAUCACUUGAUGAAACUGUAAAUGAGAAAGACCUCGAUGACAUAUUAUGGAUUUUUGGUUGCGAGUCUUCAGCCGAACUAGUUGCUGAAGGAAUGGGUGAAGAAACCAAGGGGAUCCUUAGCACCCCAUUUAAGAGAACUUCCAAAUUCUUGACACAUCAGGUUUUCAACAGCUAUCACUCUGAGACAAAUAUUGUGCGGUACAUGAAGAAGUUAGAAAACAAAGAUAUUUCUCUCGUUCACAGCAUGAUUCCUUUGGGGUCCUGUACAAUGAAGCUCAAUAGUUCAGCUGAACUUGCGCCGAUUUCAUGGAAAGAAUUUGCCAGCAUCCACCCUUUUGUGCCUUUGGAGCAAGCUCAGGGGUAUCAGCAGCUUUUCAGAGAUUUAGAGAAGGACCUGUGUGAGAUUACUGGCUAUGACAAAAUCUCCUUCCAACCAAACAGUGGAGCCCAAGGAGAGUAUGCAGGUUUGGCUGCAAUCAAAGCUUAUUUAAAUGCAAAAGGAGAACGCCAUAGAAGUGUUUGCCUUAUUCCUAGAUCUGCUCAUGGUACAAAUCCAGCAAGUGCACAAAUGGCAGGAAUGAAGAUUCAGCCAAUUGAAGUGGAUAAAAAUGGGAGCAUUGAUAUCUCCCAUUUAAAAGCGAUGGUGGACAAGCACAAAGACAACUUGGCAGCCAUCAUGAUCACGUACCCUUCUACCAAUGGUGUAUUUGAAGAGGAGAUCGCAGAUGUGUGUGAUCUGAUUCACAAACAUGGAGGCCAGGUUUACCUGGAUGGAGCAAAUAUGAAUGCCCAGGUGGGUCUGUGUCGUCCUGGAGAUUACGGCUCUGAUGUCUCUCACUUAAACCUUCACAAAACCUUUUGCAUUCCCCAUGGAGGAGGAGGACCUGGAAUGGGACCAAUUGGAGUGAAGAAACAUUUGGCUCCCUACUUGCCUACCCAUCCUGUCAUCAAAAUUCAGACGGAUGAGGAUGCUUGUCCUUUGGGUACUGUCAGUGCUGCACCUUGGGGUUCCAGUGCCAUAUUGCCCAUUUCCUGGGUGUAUAUCAAGACAAUGGGAGCAAAAGGUCUUAAACAUGCUUCUGAGAUCGCUAUAUUAAAUGCAAACUACAUGGCAAAGAGGCUAGAGAAGCACUACAAAAUCCUUUUCAGAGGAGUAAGAGGUUACGUAGCCCAUGAAUUUAUUUUGGAUACAAGACCUUUCAAAAAAACAGCAAAUGUUGAAGCUGUGGAUCUUGCUAAGCGACUUCAGGAUUAUGGUUUUCAUGCUCCAACCAUGUCCUGGCCAGUGGCAGGGACUCUCAUGAUUGAACCAACAGAGUCUGAAGACAAGGCAGAGCUGGACAGGUUUUGUGAUGCAAUGAUCAGUAUUCGGCAGGAAAUUGCUGAAAUAGAGGAGGGCAGGAUGGACCCCCAGGUUAACCCUCUGAAGAUGUCACCACAUACUCUGAACUGUGUCACUUCUUCAAAGUGGGAUCGCCCUUAUUCCCGAGAAGUGGCAGCAUUCCCACUGCCUUUUGUGAAGCCUGAAAGCAAGUUUUGGCCCACGAUUGCUCGCAUUGAUGACAUAUAUGGAGACCAACAUCUGGUUUGUACCUGCCCACCAAUGGAAGCCUACGAAUCUCCCUUCUCUGAGCAGAAGAGAGCUUCUUCAUAACACUGCUUCCAGCUCGAGUUUCUGAGUCCAUCAGGAUGGCCUUUUCCUCCCAGACCUGAUAGGGGAUUUAUAUACUGUGUAUAUUUUGGAUAAUCACCACAUUCGUUAAUUGAAUCACCACUCAGUCAAAAUGUAAAUACAAUCAGUAUAGUAGGUAUGAACAAAACGUGUUUGUUCCACAGCAGUUGAUGUUGAAGUUGCCUCGAUUCAGCAUUUUCUCUGCUUUGUGCUAAAGCUUUAACAGUUAACUCCCAGUUUGUGAUGUGGUAUUCAAAAUACGGUUACAGAAAUUAGAGGAGGUGCAGAUGUGUAAAGCUAUAGUAAUAAACAUUAACUGUAGGACUAAUUGUUUAUAUUCUGUAAAAACAGAUGAAGUAGAUUGUUUAAUUCAUGUACUACCGGUAGCGUUGCUAAUGUUAAUAUUUUGUGCUGUUUUUUAUCUACCAAUGUUAGUAUUCUAAUAAAGUUGGUCAGAAUUUAAGUAUCAUAACCUUUUGAAUUUUAACUCUUAAGCUGUUUUUUUUUGUACGGAACUGAGGCUUCUGAGACUGAAGUUCUAAUUUGUCAGAACUGCCACAGCAGUAACAGAUUCUACAUGAAGCAAAAUGCUGGCAGAGAUUGAGAUAAAUCUGUCAUUUUCAGUGAUUAGGUUUACUGAGUGGUAACAAACUUGCCUUCUGUCUGUAUCACAUCAAUUCUUCCUUGUAGUUCCAUCUACUCCUCUCUUCUUAUUCCCGAGAAAGCAUGAGACAACUUCUCUAGUAUACUGUGAAGUGCUUAGUUUGACUUAAAUCUUGUCUAACAAAGUAUUCUCCUUACAUCAUUUCUCAAGUAUCUUGUUCUGGAUUUUGGUUUCAAUGUACUUAGCUUGCUUUGUUUUGUAAGUCUACACCCUGUGUAAACAUUAUCUGAAACCUGAACUCUAGCAAUCCAAGACUACUGAUGGUGCACUCAGGCCAGUUUCCUGUGGGUAUGAAUGAUGCCAUAUUCAAUUAAGUAGCAUGGACUCAAAUGUUAAAGGUCAUCUUCUAAUCUGUUCCAAGUCGUAUUUUAUAAAACCUAGCUCUCUAGGUUUUAUAGACAGACAGUGCACUUGACACCAAAGAAAUGCAUCUUGGCUUGUAUCAGGAAUUGCAGGACUAGGGAAGUAACCUUGCACCUGUACUCAGCACUGGUGAGGUCUCACCUCGAGUACUGCGUUCAGUUUUGGGCACCUCACUAUAGAAAGAUACUGAGGUGCUGGAGCAGGUCCAAGGAAGGACAACAAGGCUUGUGAAGGGCUUGGAGAAUGUGCCUUAUGAGAAGAGACUGAAGGAACUGGGUCUGUUUAGUCUGGGGAAAAGGAGGCUGAGGGGAGACCUUAUUGUUCUCUUUCAAUAUCUGAAAGGUGCUUACAGCGAGUGGGACUGGUCUCUUCUCAGUGGUGACAUGUGACAGGACAUGGGAAAAUGGCCUCAAGUUGCACCAAGGUAAGUUUAGGUUGGGUAUCAGGAAAAACUUCUUUACAGAAAGGGUUGUUAAGCACUGGAAUAGGCUUUCCAGGGAGGUGGUUGGACGUGUUUAUAGACCAUUUGGAUGUGGUGCUCAGGGACAUGAUUUAGCAGAGGGAUGUUAGUUAGGGUAGUAUGGCUAGGUUGUGGUUGGACUCAGUGAUCUUGAAGGUCUUUUCCAACCUGAGCGAUUCUAUGACUUGGAGUAAUGUAGGAGCUGGUCUGUGCACAUUGAGUUGUGUUUGACACAAGUGGGUUCCCAAGCCUUGACAGCCUCAUAUGGCCAUGUGAAGCAGGAUUUGGUAACACUCAAGAGAGCACUACAUUUUACAACCAGGAACUACACAACCUCUUCAUGAAGGUGUACACGCAGUCAUGACCAGGGGCUCUCUCUGAAGGGACACAAACAGCAGCACCUCAAGUACUGCACUUCUUCUGUUUUGGCUUUGCAACGUUUACAUUACUUUCCAUAGGACUUUCAUGUGGAAUUAGUUAACCAGAAAAACAGAACAAAAGAUGACAGGAAUGGCUUCCAUUAAAGGAAGGUUGGGCCAGCUUUAUCUGCACAUAGGUCCCCAAACGUCUACAUAUGGAGAGAAAAUUAGAAUUUUCUAACGUAAAGCCUAUUUCUGAAAAGGCAAUUAUUCUUCAGGCUACUGCUGUAGCACUGGGGAAGGGGGAAGAGAUAAAAAGAUAUGAAACACCAAAACACUGCCAUAAGCACCACUUGCAGUGUGAGGAAGGGACAGGCAUUCGGACCUACCAAGCUAACUGUACAAAGCCUUCCCAAAUUACUUUUACUGUUUGGUAAAGAGGCACUUUCAUGGUGCCUGAUGAUGUCUGCUAACUGUGUCUGAUAAAGACAUUAAAAAUCUUUUUUUUACACAUUUGUAUCAAGUAAUGAAAUCUCCACUGUUGUCUUUAAACUGACAAAUCUGUAGCUGAUGGUAAAUCAGCAGCAAACUCAAUAACAAAAGUAAUUAAUAGAAGUCAGAAAUAACCACAUUUCCUAGAAGAUGACAUUUACUAAUUGUUCUGCAUUAAAAAUAAGUUUUUAUAAGAUAAGACUUGCAAACAUAAAUCUGAACUACUCACUUAAAAGUAACCAUUCACAUAAUAAAUACUAAAAAUGCUACCAACAUUCAUGUUAGACUGGGGCACAAAUUAAAAAUCAAGUGUUCCUAUGCACAGUCGUAAGAGCUUUCUCUCUCCAAAUGGUGCAUAGCUACUACACAUAAUCCUCAAUUGGUAAAAGCUACUGAACAGAAAAAAAGCAUCUUUGCUUACUGCAAAAAUGCAUACCAUCCUUACAGAGGUUGAACUACAUCUGUUUCCCCAUAAAAUGCUGAGCUACCACUUUGUAAAACACAGAAUUCAACAGGAUGUAAGACUGUUUAUAGCUUUUAUGAAGCAUAUGCUUAAUACUAAUUCACCUACUGCACAAAGAAUCUUCAUUCUAAUAAGCACAGAAAAAGCCAAACUGCCCAACAACACCUGAUUUUUGUUACAUUAUGAGAUACUACCAACACUCGGUAUGCUAAUGGCCUCCCUAGGAGAAAUGGGGGUAGGGUAAGGGUAAGUUCAUCGGAAUGACGUGAGUAGGCCACUAAACUGACUUUUGGCCAUGAAAAAGCCAAAUAUCACCAACAUCUGAGUGAGUGGUUAUGAAUGACCAGAGGGCAGCACCCAACUGCACCAGGCUGCGGGCAGAGCGGCCUUACUGCUCUCUGGCACAUGGAGUGCAAUCCAGCACCAGCUUUCCUUCAGACAGAUGCUCAGCAGAGACCAGAGCAGCUUUAUGACAGCUGCUGCUGUACAGGAGUGUAGAUGUUGGGUUGUUCUUUUCUUAACAUUCUUUUUUUUUUUUUUUAAAAUAACUAAUAAAUGACAGGAAUAUAAAGCUUAGAAAAAAAGCCACCCACCUAAAGAAAGUAUGUAGCAAUCUGGAAAAAAAAAUCUGCUAUAAAAAUAUAAUUUACAUAAGAGGAUAAUAGUGAAAACAAAAUUAGCAAUUUUUCUGAAUCAUAAAAUAUUUAAUAAGGUAUAUUUGGGGGAGAUAUAUUGUAUAUAAAAUUUCAGAUCACAAUAUGAAGCGAUUUGAACCCUCUCCAAGCUAGCACUGCCUUCAAUGCUGUGUAGAUGUAUUGCCACUGAUACAAGACUUACUAAAAGCAUACAGUUUAACUAAUACAGAAGUGGCAGUUCUUUAUAUGAAAUAUUUUUUACACAACUAGAGUGUCUUGAAUACCCUCCUUAAGUGCAAAAAACACAGAUCACUUUACACUAAUGUAGCAACAAUGCAUUCAUAUUGUUCUCAUUAGUCAUUAGUAGUCAACUUGCAUAAGAUACAAGAAAAGCACAAUGAAGCUCACAAAAAUAGACUAAAAAUCAGCCUGUUCUUGCAAAAAAAUACAGCAUAAUGGAAGAAAAAGACAAAAAAGGAUUAUGCACACCACAUAAUUUGCUGUUCUUUACUCCAGCUGGCUUAAGUGCUGUUUCUGUUUUUUGCUGUUUUUGUGGGGUUUUGUUUUGGUUUUGGUUGUUUUUUUUUUUCCUCUUUCUUUUUUUUUCUUUUUUUUUUUUUUUUUUGUAAAUCAAACUACACGGACCAGGCACAACUAUUAUUCAGGAGGCAGUGUGUAGCUAAAAAUUCGCUAACUUUUUGUCAUCCCCAUAAUUUAUUUUCCUCUGUCCUGAGGUAGUUACAAAAAAAAAAAAACAACAAAUCAUAAAUCAAGCAUCAGCUAGGC